UGACGGUGGCUGCCAGGCGCAGACAGGGAGGGAAGUUGGAGUCCAGCCACGCGGACAGCGGGUUCAGGCUGGGGUCCGUGGGCACCGCGGCGCGCAGCGGCUGGGGAGGGUCUAGGGUCGAGUGGCUGUGUGGCUUCGUGGCAACUUGGCGUCCUUGAAGCGUGUCUGUGGGUCAGGAUGCGGCGAAGCGCCCGCCCCGGCUCAGCUGCGUCCCCACCCGAGAACCUGCCCAACUUCUACAGCGAGAACAGCAACAGCUCAGACAGCGUCUCUUCAGGGGACUGCAGCGGGUACCGGUCUCCAGGGCCAGGGCCCGGGGAGCCUGAGGGCAGAAAGACCCGGGGCUCGAGCUGCGGAGAGCCCGCCUUGCGCCCGGGACUGCCUGGAGGAACCUCAUGGCCUGGAAGCCCUCGCCAGGAGCCUGCGCCUCGGAGCCACAACAGAGAGACCGCGUGUGGCGCGGCAACCGUGAGGGGCGGGGCCUCGGAACCGGCUGCGUCUCCCGCAGUCUCUGAGGAACAGGGGAGCCUUCUCUCGACUCUGGAUCUGAGGCAGCAGAUGCCUGCCCCGCGGGCGACCGAGAGCUUCCUGAGCCGCCUCUUCCAGGUGCUGAAAGUGCUGUUGGCCCUGGUCCGAGACGUGCUGCUGGGUGUGUGCAGGUCAGAGGGAUCGCGGAGGCGCCCCGGGCGCUGCGUGGGCGGGUCUAGGCCAGGCGAGAGCGGAGAGGUCUGCUCUGUCCGCUUCCUGUUCACUGCGUCGCUGCUGAGCGUCUUUCUGGCCGCACUCUCUUGGGGGCUCCUGCAUCUGCUUCCUCCUUUGGAGAAUGAAUUUAAGGAGAUGCUGACUCCCAGCGCGUACCACGAGCGCGUGCGUUUCCACGGCCAGCAACUGCAGCACCUUCAGGAUGAGCUGAAUAAACUCCGCAAGGAGGUGGCCCGCGUUCGCGCAGCCCACAGUGAGAGAGUGGCCAAGCUCGUGUUGCAGCAGCUGAAUGAGGACUUCGUGCAGAAACCAGACUAUGCCCUGAGCUCUGUGGGAGCCUCCAUUGACCUAGAGAAGACAUCCCGGGACUACGAGGACACCAAUAGGGCCUACUUCUGGAAUCGCUUCAGCUUCUGGAACUAUGCGCGGCCACCUACGGUCAUCCUGGAGCCAGAUGUGUUCCCUGGAAAUUGCUGGGCUUUUGAGGGCGAUCAGGGCCAGGUGGUGAUCCGGUUGGCAGGCCACGUGCAGCUGAGCGACAUCACCCUGCAGCAUCCACCGCCCAGUGUGGCACACACCGGGGAUGCCAGCAGUGCCCCACAAGACUUUGCAGUCUUUGGUCUCCAGGACGAUGAGACUGAAGUUUUCUUGGGAAAAUUCACUUUUGACGUGAAGAGAUCUGCACUUCAGACUUUCCACCUACAGAACGACCCUCCAUCUGCCUUUCCCAAGGUGAAGAUCCAGAUUCUAAGCAACUGGGGGCACCCACGUUUCACAUGCUUGUAUCGAGUUCGUGCCCAUGGUUCACAAAUCUCAGAGAAGGGAGAGGACAGUGCCAGUGUUUAAUCCCCAUUAAACAUGCUGAUGGUUGAAGUAGAAUUGAACUUUAUGCUGAAGGAAGCUGGAUCAGCACUGGGAAGUGCUCUGCUGGGAGAGCUUUGGCUGCCUAUGGCAUAUAAGUAUGGCAGGGUCUACGCCUCUUCUUGAAUAAGUCCAUAUUAAUACAGUAGCAGCAUUGAUGUUUACGAAAUACUUAACAUAUGUAAGAGACAAUGCUGUGGAUAACCUGCACUAGAAAUUACUAACUUAAUCCUCACAACCACACAGAAGGAAGUGCUCAGGUCCCACAGCUCACGAAGGGUAGUGGCAGAAUGGGAUGCAGAGCUGUCCUCCUCCAGGGAUCACUCUAACAGUAGAGCUUCCAGGGAGCUUCCCCUAAUGUUGAGAUUGCUAGGUGUGGGUGAAGGGAAAAUUCUGGGACCUCUGGAAAGCUUCUUAGUCACAAGAGUUGAUCCAAGCCUGGUAGCCUUUACACAGGGUUCUUUACUAAGACUUCAGGAGGCAGAUAAGGGAAAGAUGCUGCUCAAAGAAACAGGCCAAUUCAUUUACAGAUCCAAGAAUCUUUAAAAUUCAAACAUGGACUUCAGAGUAAAAACAAACAAACAAACAAACAAACAAACAAAAA